AUGUCUUCAUGCAAGAAACGAACUAUUUCAGAAGAAACAAAAGAUAUAUUAACCAUUGAUUUAACAGAUCGUAAUACUGAUUUAGAGUCAUUUUCUCAUCCAUUCUAUCGAGGUGGCUAUGGCGCUGGCCACCAACCAAAAACAUUAGUUGAGUUGAAGAUGAUUCGCUUAAGUGGCAGUAUUCGUUCGAAAUCAAAAUGGUAUGAAAAAAUGAAAGAUGAAAUAAUUCGAAACAAAUGGAAACAGGAGGCCGUAGAACAAUCAAAUCUUACAGAGAAACAAAUCGAUUAUGUUCUAGCUGAAUUAGAAUACUAUGAUUUGAGACGAGAUGGAUCGAUGGAAAUGUCUACUGUCGAUGGUGUAUGGCAAAGUGAUGAAUUAAUACCUAUUGAUAUGAAAGAAUCUUUAAUUGCAUGUGUAAAAAAUUUGGAGAAUAUACCCGAAAGUGAACAAGAUUGGCAUCCUGGUACAAAUAAACAAAUAUUAGAUUUAGUUCAUCCAUCGUUAUUUUGUUUUGUUAAUCAAAUAACAAGAAUUAUCAAUGAUAAGAAUCGUAUUAUCAAUGUGGAUAAUGCUCUCGAACAUAUUGGUGACGGUCAAAUUAUUGAUAUCAAUGAAGAAGAAUCGUCUUUAACCAAUAAAAGACGAAAAACAUUUAUUGAUUAUACUGAAUCGACUACAUAUCAAUGGUUACCGGCUGAAUUCAAUAUUUCAAAGGAUGGUCAAGUUACAAUCGAAUCAUAUAUCAAUAACUUACAUCCGAUCGAACAUAAACAACUAUAUCAAUCCAUUGAACAAAUAUGUGAACAUUUUAUACCUAUGUUCAAUAAAGUUUUAACUGAUUUAGUUUAUAAUAACAAUAAGCGAAAUCGCAUCUUUGUCGAUUCUUAUUCACGGUCCAGCGAUUCACACACAACCGAUGAUGAUGAUGAUGAUGAUCUUGGAGAGACUCCAAGGCUUUAUAUUAGAGAAUUCCAAAUGCCAUCAUCAAAAUCUUCUAGUAUAGAUUUGCGUGGAAGAAAACUACAAAUAAUUGUUAAAUUAGCUAAUAUCAUACUAACGCCGGACAAUUCUAAGUAUCCUGGGGGUGUUUGGCAUGUUGAAGGAAUGGAAAAUGAACAUAUUGUUGCUACAGGUAUUUUUUAUUAUUUUAGCUCUAAUAUCACACAAUCAGAGUUACAAUUUCGAACUGUGAUAUGUGAACCUGACCAUCAACAAAAUGAUAAUUAUCGUGUGAGCCGUGCUUAUGGUUUAUAUGAUCAAAAGCCGUUAAAUCAAGCGUUAGGCGAAGUGAUUACACAAGAAAAUCGUUGUAUUGUAUUUCCUAAUAUUUAUCAGCAUCGUGUUGCACCGUUUCAAUUGAAAGAUUCCACUCAAUCAGGUCAACGAAAAAUAUUAGUAUUUUUUUUGGUUGAUCCAACUAUUCGUAUUUUAUCUACUGCCAAUGUUCCGCCACAACAAUCUCACUGGUUUGUCAAUAUCUUACGUUCUAUGCCUCCAUUUAAUCAAUUACCAUUGGUAGUUGUUGAUAAAAUACUGAAUUACACGAAUUUUCCUAUGAGUAUGAAUGAUGCAAAAGAACAUCGAAAGAAAUUAAUGGAUGAACGAAAAUAUUUUAUCUCAGAACAUAAUGAACUAUUAUUUGAAAGACCAUUUUCAUUAUGUGAACAUUGA